CAUAUUUCCUUCCUUUGACGUGCUGUCAAACAACAAAAACAGCACGUGUGAAAAAUGCGUAUAGAAACUUGUUAUUUCUGCUCCUCCAGGGUAUAUCCUGGUCAUGGAAUCCAAUUCGUGAGAAACGACUGCAAGAUUUUCAGGUUUUGCCGUUCAAAAUGCCAUGCAGCGUUCAAGAGGAAGAAGAACCCGCGUAAAACCAAAUGGACCAAAGCGUACCGUAAGACUGCUGGCAAGGAAUUGGCUAUCGACCCAUCUUUCGAGUUUGAGAAACGUCGUCAUGUACCAGUCAAAUACAACAGAGAAUUGUGGACUAAGACCGUUGAAGCCAUGAAAAAAGUCGAAGAGAUCAGACAGCGGCGGUCCAAUAACUAUAUAAUGCAGAGGUUGAGGAAGGGACGAGAAGUGGAGUGGCAGAGAGAUGUUAGAGAGGUCCAGAGGGAUAUAGCUCUUAUAAGAUCACCAGCCGCCGGUCUCAAACAGAAACAGGACACAGAAAUGGAGGUGGAGCCUGAGACCAUUGAGGUAGUGGACUCCAGGGGCAGGAAGCAGGUCAUUGAAGCUCCCGUCAUGGUGCCCGCUACAGGGGAAAUGAUUGAAGAUUGUGGAGAAAUUGAUUUAUAAUUAUUAACCAUUGGUUUUUUAAACAAUGGAGUUAGCAAACCUGCUAAUAUUUAAGUCAAGGUAUAAUUGUUUAAGAAUGAAUCUGUCAUUACACCAUUUUAUCAGUUGUUACAUGUUGAGUGAAAUCAAACUAUCAUAGUAUAGUCAACGUCAAGAAAUGCAACAAAAAUAAAGUUGGUUGCCUAAGAUGAUAUGUUAUACCAUAUUUCAUGAUGAAAAUGAAACAUUAUACUAUCAUUUUAGUAAUAUUUA